GGCGCAUCCUAUUCUCCCGCUUCCCAUCUGGUACGACGGGCCACAUUCCUUGCUGCCGGCCUUUCCCUUGACGCACCUGCCGCUGAUCUCAGCGCCCUUGGCGUAGAAAGUCGCGUCUCGGUCCUUGUCCUCGGCCCAGAUCAUAUCUUGCAGCUGUAUCCCAGCGUUGGCUGGUGAGUACGUAUGAUGGAAGAUGAAUAUACCACAAAAACAAGCAGAGGUGGGACUUUGAUGCAUCGGAAUGUCAAUUAUGCGCAUGCAUAUGAACGUCAGGACAACGGUCUCACCUCAUCGUCAUAUCUCGCUUCCUCUACAUCUCCAUAUUCAACUCCUAUGGAUGGCCCUACCGCUGUCCUUGCUCCUACCGAAGCAAGCGCAAACACAGCUAUCAUAAUUUCUAUCACCGCCCUCCCUCCUCUGAACACGAUUCCGCCUCACGACGCCACAAAGCUUCCCUACCACCAACAUCUCAAUGUCAUCUUUCUAGCGCCACUCUUCGCAGUGUUGGGUAUUUUACUUGGAGUAGGCGCCGUGAGUCUGUGGUGGAGGUUCCGGCUAUUUACGGGUUCUGGCAUAUGUGGACUAGGUGGUAGGAAGAACGGCAGUGGGAGUAGGAUCACUCUGGAACCUGGCCCAGCGUAUGCGCCCGCCCCCUCUGAUGAAGGCGAUGGUGGCGUCAACGAUGUGGAAAGCUCCGGACCGUACCCGAAUGGCAACAGAAGCAUGGAAGAAGUUACGCUCUUUGCAGCGGGCACACCCAGCAAAACUACCGUGCACGGUACGCGGUUCCUCUUCCCCACGCACAUGCGUGGUCCAGCCACCAGUGGUGGUGCAGUGACCAAACCUCUCUGUACACCAUUCCUUAUGGGAGCAAGUAGGUUCGAUUCAGCUGGGAAUGGAGGCUCUGAUCGUGGCGACCCAUUCAUCUCGGCGCGUUGUGCUUCUUCUUCUUCUCGCACACAUGAUCCAGAAAGGGCAGACGUGGCCCAGCCUCGACGCAGCGUGUUCCAUAGGCUCUUAAAUCGCUCGACCUCGGCUACAGGUAGACAAUAUGCUGCGGUCAGGACGCACGAUUCCUCCCCAAGUACCCACUCCCGCCUUAAUCCAACCCCUAUUUCAACCCCAAACAUCAAUCACGCGAACACAUUGAACAGUACGGCUUCCCACGGGGGAAGGAGCAGUGCGGUGGAUGUUCCAUUGCGCUCGCUUGAGGGUGGUGCAGGAGGGGAGGUGCAGCGGCCUGUGAGGGCGUGGUUGGAAACACCUGAAGGAAUGGUUGAGACACCUGGGGGCACGAGAUAUGGGGACGGUAAGGCCCGAAAACACACGGCCACUGGUGGUCAGGAUACUGGCUAUGCACCAGUGACGGAUACCCCACGGACCCCCGUCUCGAGGGUCAGCCAGUUCUGGACUCCUCGUUGGAAAAACAAAGCCCCACCGCUGCUCUCGUCUCCCUCCCCCGCUAAACCUUCUCCUUCAACACUGUACAUGGUACGGUCUCCUUCACAAACCACUCAGUCUCAAUCUCCAUCACCGAAUCUGCGAUCUGCUGUCUCAUCUGCGGGCCUUCGCUCUGCUAUAUCCCCUUUGACGCAUGAAGGGCCAUCUAAAGCGCGUAAGGAGCAAGACCUCCGUCGCGACAGGCUGGAGGACAUAGAGAAAGGAACUGAGUCUGAGCCCAAAUUGCUGGAACACAGUACCUCAAUUCCUCACAUAGACUCUUCCGUUCUCCCACGCAGCCCCCCGUUCCUGAUGUCUCCCCCCCUCGAAGCUGCGCUGCUCUUCACCUCUACCUCGUGUGGUGCGCUCAGUUUCGCCACGCUUGCGAAUUUAAGUCCGAAGUUGGGCUCGCGUUCUCCACCAUCCAAAGCAACGGUUUAUGGUGGGACUUAUGACAGCCCCUUGAGCUCAAAGACGAAGACGAAGGCCAACCUAGGAUUGUCUAAAGUUUCGAACGUCGAUCAGAGUGCACAUGUAACCUCCCCUGACAUUUCGCUCUUUCCACUCCCUUCCUCUGCAAGGAAACUCAAGAAGCCCAGGAAUCGGAGCAGAUCUAGGAAAGAGAGGGGAAAAGGGACGAAUAGAGGGCCCGAGACUUCACCGAUGCUUCCGUUCCCCUCGUAUCCUGAUCACCUCGUACGUGCAGGACAAAAGACCUCUGUUUCAAUGACUCUUGCCUCGAGUGCCUCGCAACCCGCGAUCUCACCCACACCCACUAUGCUCGCUAUUUUCGCUGCGACCCAGAGCUUGGAGCGCGUGAAUGAGAUCUUGUUGAGAGGCUAUAGUGAGCGGGCGCUUGGUGGUGGGGAUAUGGAAGACGAGGAGAGGAUGUUGAGAGAGGAUAUUGUUGCUGCGGGUAUUGAGAGCUCAGGACAUUGAUGAUAUGCGUAGGAUAUAUGGAUUCUAUCUAUUUUGUGCUCUUUGUUCAAUCUUUUCUCGACUCGGUGUCUAGCAGCUCGUGUGAUAACCUGUGGAAAGCUUAAGCUAUAGCUACACUGGGAAGUCAAAACCUUGAAAAUCGGUGUAUAGAAUA